AUGACUUAUCUGCUGGCUCAAAUUCAGGCCCCGGUUUUUCUUUUGAGACAAAAUAGAAUAAAAUUGCAACACAUACCAAAAUUAUUGCGGCUGAUAAUACUACUGAUUCCCAUGCAAAGCCCGCUUGGGAAACUAAUAAAGAGCCGAGCUGAGCUCCAAGAAUAUCCCCAACAAACCCACCAGAACUCCAUAUGCCUAUGACUUUGCCUCUAUGCGUUUUCGAGAACCAAUUCCCCAUGACUGCAACAGUCCCAGGCCAUACUGCUGAUUGGAAAACACCUACAAAGGCAAAGAUUACAAUAA